AUGAAUUUCCUGUCAUCGGCAGUCACUGCGAUCAAACCUAGACUUGAUGAUUCUGGUAUCGAUAGACUCAAUUAUUACUACUCAACUAUGGUUAUUAUGGUGCUGUCAGUAACGAUUACUGCUAAACAGUACGUUGGUUCACCGUUACAAUGCUGGGUCCCAGCUCAGUUCACUAAGGCUUGGGAACAAUAUGCAGAAAACUAUUGUUUUGUGUACAACACGUAUUGGGUACGACCGGAUGAGGAUGUUCCGGAUUCUGUAGAUACGAGAGUGGCCCAACAGUUAAUAUAUUACCAAUGGGUGCCAUUUAUAAUGGCACUAGAAGCAGCUUUUUUCUAUUUACCAGUGAUUUUUUGGAGUCAAGUGAGUAAUAAAUCCGGUUUAAAUAUAGAAAAUCUUGUACGACUUGCAGUUGCUGCCGAAAUUGCAGAGGACGCUGGGAAGGAAAAGAAGGUGAAUGUGAUCUGUACGCACUUACAAGACAGUGUUGCCUUACAACAUUCUCGAUGUGAAGGAGCAUCGUUUUUAAGGCACAUCACUAUGUUCGGGCAGUUGGACGGCACCUAUGUUAGCAAUGUAUACUUGCUAACGAAAAUCCUUUACGUUAUAAAUCUGGCCGGGCAGUUCUUUAUGAUGAAUAAAUUCCUCGGACAAAAUGAUCCCUAUUGGGGUGUACAUAUACUCAGCGAUAUUCUCACCGGAACCGACUGGGAGCUCAGCGGGAACUUCCCCCGAAUAGCAAUGUGUGACUUCCAGGUACGUGUUCUUGGCAACCUGCAACGAUAUUCAAUUCAAUGCGUCUUAUCGCUUAAUAUGUUCAACGAGAAAAUUUUCCUUUUCCUUUACUUUUGGUUUAUUCUUGUUGGAGUAGCCACAGCCCUUGAUACCAUUUACCUAGCCUACUACACUAGAUUUACGUCACAAAAAGUGCAAUUCGUUCAAGGAUUUAUCAAAACGGCCCCGGAAGAAGAGACACUAAUGGAUGACUUCUGUUUGUUUCAAAUCAACUCUGAUACCAUAGUGAUAUUGAAGAUGAUUAGUGCACACGCAAACGAAGUCAUCGCAACUGACGUUGUUGAACAAAUGUGGAAGAACUUCAAGAAGCGACGAGCUUCAGUGGAAAAUGAUGUACCAUACUCUGCGAAAAAAGGUGGUGAUCUUAAUGAGACAACUCCGCUAGUAUUUGCAUAA